UAUAACCUCUCUGUCUGUCUACCUCACAGCUGUUUGAUUCUACAACUUUAGAUCACAUCAAGUCCUUCAAGACAGAGAGACCUGUCAACUCUGCUGCCAUCUCCCCCAUCAUGGACCACGUGGUGAUGGGAGGAGGUCAAGAGGCCAUGGAGGUCACCACCACCUCCACCAGGAUAGGCAAGUUCGAGGCCAGGUUCUUCCACGCAGCUUACGAAGAGGAGUUUGGCAGGGUCAAGGGUCACUUCGGACCCAUCAACUGUGUAGCUUUCCACCCGGACGGCAAGAGCUAUUCCAGUGGAGGAGAAGACGGUUACACGAGGAUCCAUCACUUUGACCCCCAGUACUUUGACUUUGAGCUGGAGGCGUAAACAGGAGACGAGCAGCGAUACAUCCCUCAUCAGCUGAUAACAGUAACUCCAGACAGGCUAUACUCACCCUCAUCAGCUGAUAUCAGUAACUCCAGACAGGCUAUACUCACCUC